AUGAGUGGACCAGUGCUUCACCGAAUAAAGAGACUCGCAUUGCAUGGAAAGCAACGAAAGCAACGAAAGCAACGAAAUGUAUUGAGGGCUAUAAUUAUGGGAAGAGAGCUGACGGCUAACAACAACAAUGAAUACAACUCUCGGCACUCACUGUCAGACAUCACAAUCACAACCAUCACAAACUCACACCACCUCACAGACCAACACUCCAUCCCUGGCCUAUCCAUCCCUGGCCUACACUCUCACAAAGCCAUCACAACUAUCACACCCAUACGUGAGGUAUAUAUGGAUACGAAGCCAUCGGACCAAUUGCACCGAUCGGACCAAUCAGACCGAUGGGCACAAUGUCUUACUCGACAACUGGUGCUUACGAUCGCUGCCCUCAUCACAAUGACAAUUGCGGUCAUGUCUGCGCUAACCAUCACUUGCUAUACCAGCUAUUGUCCCCUCAAACGCAAACUACUACUCUUCAGUGACAAAUCCACUCAAUCACACACUUCUGCAUAUGAUAUGCAAACAAAUCACUACCCAACCCAUCAAACCAGUGCCCGCUCUCUACCAGCCCUAUCAGCCCCUUCAUCUAAGCCUUAA